AUGGACCUCACGCGUCGGCCAACCGAACACGAGCGCGACCGGUUUUAUAACGGCCUUUUCAGUCUUCCCAAGCUCGUAGCACGGUCCAGCUUCACUCCGUUCAAGUACGGGUGGGACGAUUGGUCAUCACCAACGAAAACUCUGGCUGUCGUCGACGAGCAUGCCAUAGUCAGCCAAUGGAAUGACGAACCUUCCCCACUGAGAAACCAAAUACUGGGUAUUCUCGCCCGGGAGAAGGUCAACUGGCAAGCAAUCGAUAUCGUCCGCAUCGGGUACGUCGGUGAAGAGAUGCCUGUGAUUGUUUCGAUCUCUGUCUUGCCAGACACCCUGUCGUGGGAGAUGGGCAACCAGGUUGCCUUCCACUGCAGAAACGCCCUUGUUGAACAUGGACUUGACGAUGUUCACUGCGAGAUCAAGGAGUCGAUGCUGGUUAACCUCGCCUCCAGUCCUGCGGUCCUGCAGCAAGAUUCUCAUCAGCACCGUCCCUUUUUGAGAUCUUACAUGUAUGAGCUUGCUGACCAACUCGGCACGAGCAUCGCCAGCCUGGACCAGCCCUACCGCGAAGGCACAAAAGGCAUCUACUUGCGCAGAGCCGGUGGCGAACCUGACGAGGUGUUUGCCUUGACGUGUCGACAUGUCUGCUAUGACGAGUCUGAAACAGGCUGCCUUCUGCCGAGAGAAAAGUCGUUGCCUGGCAAGUCUGUUAUCCAGCUGUCAGAGAGGACCAGAAAGGCCUUGGUGGCAGACCUUGAAGAUCUCAAAUACCAGUCGGUCAAAGUGCUCCGCGGAGAAGGGAAGGCCGAGGGAGAAUCCCACGACGACAAGAUUAUCACCGAAUGCCAGCGAAAUGUGAACGAGAUCAGCGCCGUCUUACAGCACUUUACCCUUCGCGAGGCUUUGGAGGCCAGGGUUCUUGGCGACGUCGCGUACGCCAGCGAGUACGCAGUGGGAAGUUCGGGACAUCUCAGCGAUUGGUGCCUCAUACGGUUGAGAGCUGACUCUCACGAGAGACGCCUUUCCGAGCUUUCCAACCGCGUCUACAUCGACGGUAGAGAGCUGGAGAGUCAUUUUGGAGCUUUAGUUCUCUGCAUCAAAGACCUCGACCACGACGGUACUCUCCAUAUACAGGGCAUCGUCGCGGCUUCCGAGUUUCAGAAGCCGACGAGGAGUUGUCGCAUCGUAGGAAUGAGCGGCCGAACAUCGGGAGUAACUUUCGGGGAAGUCAACCAAGUCAAGUCCGUCGUCCGCAGGGUUGCCCACGACGGCACCCCAUUAAUCUCCCGGGAGUUUGGCGUUGUGGCAGAGAGAAUGCAAAAAUACGACCACUUCGCCGGGAAAGGCGAUUCCGGUGCUUGUGUCUUCGACCUAAAGGGAAGGGUUGUUGGUAUGGUGUCGGGAGGCAUAAAGCGCGAGGAAGUGCUGAAUGAGGACCAUGACUAUAUUCAUAACCUGCCGGCGGACGUGACAUAUUUUACCCCUAUGGAAUCGAUUCUGGCGGAUAUGGAGGCUUGCGGGCUGUCGAUGGAGAUCGUGUGA